UCGCCCUACCGCCGCACGCGCGAGACGACCGAGGGCAUUCUGCGCACGCUGACUUCGGACCAUCCUACGCCCUCGCCCUUUCCGCGCAACAAGAUCACCGUCUUCGAGGAGCCACGGCUGAGAGAGCAGGAUUUUGGCAACUUCCAGCCGUGUUCGGCAGAGAUGGAGAGGAUGUGGCAGGAGCGCGCUGAUUACGGCCACUUCUUCUACCGCAUCCCGGACGGCGAGAGCGCUGCAGACGCAUACGAUCGGGUUAGUGGCUUCAAUGAGAGUCUGUGGAGGCAGUUUGGUGACGAAGACUUUCCGAGUGUGUGUGUGCUGGUCACGCAUGGCCUGAUGUCGAGGGUGUUCCUCAUGAAGUGGUACCACUGGUCGGUCGAGUACUUUGAGGAUCUCCGCAAUGUCAACCACUGCGAGUUCAUCGUCAUGAAGCAGAGCGAAACGAACAAGAAGUACAUACUGCAGAACGAGCUACGAACAUGGUCGGAGCUGAAGCGGAGAGCUGCAGCAGCGGGAGGAGGCAGCAGCAGCUCGAUGUCCACGACGCCGAGCAGAACGCACUCGCAGUCGGCUCUCACAGCAUCGCCCACCAUACCGAUACGGCGAUGGGGCGGUUGCGUGAACGGCUGCAACCAUGACAAGGCCAACUGGCCGAAGAGGCCAAUGAGGAAGAACACUGUCGAGUACCUGGGACAGCAAGAUCUUCCAGCGCCCGCUACAACAGCCAGUCCUCCAAUCGAGGACCAACAAGACUACGCGACCGCAGCACAAGACGGCAGCAGCGCCCCCACCAUCGAAGAGCCCACCCCAACCAAGCUCGGGCGCAAACACAGCACAAAAGUCACCCAACAAGCCACCGCUCUCUCACCCACCCCCGCCUCUCCCAACGACGCCUCGAACGACGCCUCCACCAGCGACGAAGACGACGCGCCAUCGCGCAAUCCAACGGUGCCCCGCACAUCUGCUAUCCUGCGCCACCUGCAGCCUCCGCAGCGCACACCGGGCGAAGGCUUCUCCGACGAUUCGGACUAUUUCCCGGGCAUGCAGCAUCUCUCCGCCUCUGCGAAUGGCAAGUCGAGACUGAGGGCGAGCUCGAGGCAACGCCAGCAGAGCAAGGAGCGCAAGCUUGCAAGAAAGCAGACGGAGCAGAGUUGGAAGGAGGAGAGUGGGAUGGGGACGGGGAGGAGGGCGGAUGCACUGGGGGAUGGGGAUGGGGUGGAAGAUGCGGGGGCGAAGUCGGAGCUGGAGCUGAAGGGGAGGGACAUUGGGGGUCAGGAGAUAGCGGCUGAUGAGGGCGAAGCGAUUCUGAGGGAGGCGCUCAAGGGGAAUAUGCAGGUUGAGAAGCAUAACGAAGAGGGAGCGACGCAGGGAGAGGAUAAGAUUGGCGAGAAGGAGAUUCAGAAACUGCAGGAGAAAGAGGGCACAGUGCGCGAAGAGGUAUACUAAGCGAUAAGACACACCGUAAUGACAACACCAGCUGAAGAACAAACCGUCACACAACAAACCAUCACAACAAACCAUCACAACAAACCAUCACAACAAACCAUCACAACAAACCNNCACAACAAACCAUCACAACAAACCAUCACAACAAACCAUCACAACAAACCAUCACAACAAACCCAUGACAUUACCUACCAAACACUCCCAGUCGUUCCCCUUACUCACUUUGUUCCCAGCCCAGCAACGCCACAACCCACGAAGCGUGGAGACGCUAGUCGCGUUCCGUGGACGUACAAACGGCCGACAUUCUGGCGAAGGAGAUGGUGCGUAGGAGAGCGGAGAAGGUGGCUACUGGCAGGUUCAGCGAGGGUCGACGGGCAGAG